GCCAGGCAUGCCCUCACAGCCCUUCCAAGAAGCACUGUCACGAGGCAGCAGACUGAAUCAAUGGUUAAGCCCAGGGAGAUUUUUCCCACUGCUGGUUACUGGAAAGCAGCUUCUGGCAUCAUAGACAUUCACAAAAUGCCUUAUUUUACAAGACUCAUUUUGUUCUUGUUUUGCCUGAUGGUUCUUGUGGAGAGCAGAAAGCCCAAGAAGAGGAGAUGGACAGGGCAGCUGGAAAUGCCCAAGCCAAGUCACCUAUAUAAGAAGAACCUCGAUGUGACCAAAAUCCGGAAAGGAAAGCCUCAGCCUCUUCUCAGAGUGGAGGAUCAUGAUUUCACCAUGAGGCCUGCCUUUGGAGGCCCUGCCAUCCCAGUGGGUGUGGACGUGCAGGUGGAGAGCCUGGACAGCAUCUCGGAAGUAGACAUGGACUUUACCAUGACCUUGUACCUGCGGCAUUAUUGGAAGGAUGAGAGGCUAGCCUUCCCCAGUGCCAGCAACAAGAGCAUGACCUUUGAUGGCCGACUGGUAAAGAAGAUCUGGGUCCCCGACGUCUUCUUUGUUCACUCCAAAAGGUCAUUUACCCAUGACACCACCACUGACAACAUCAUGCUGAGGGUGUUCCCGGAUGGGCAUGUGCUGUACAGCAUGAGGAUUACGGUCACUGCCAUGUGCAACAUGGACUUCAGCCACUUUCCCCUGGACUCCCAGACUUGUUCUUUGGAGCUGGAAAGCUACGCAUAUACAGAUGAAGAUCUGAUGCUGUAUUGGAAGAAUGGAGAUGAAUCCCUGAAAACAGAUGAAAAGAUCUCCCUGUCUCAGUUUCUGAUUCAGAAAUUUCACACCACUUCCAGACUGGCCUUCUACAGCAGCACCGGCUGGUACAACCGUCUGUACAUUAACUUCACGUUGCGUCGCCACAUCUUCUUCUUCUUGCUCCAAACCUAUUUCCCCGCCACCCUGAUGGUCAUGUUGUCCUGGGUGUCCUUCUGGAUCGACCGCAGAGCUGUGCCUGCCAGAGUUUCACUGGGUAUCACCACGGUGCUGACCAUGUCCACCAUCAUCACGGGCGUGAACGCCUCCAUGCCCCGCGUCUCCUACAUCAAGGCCGUGGACAUCUACCUCUGGGUCAGCUUUGUGUUCGUGUUCCUCUCGGUGCUGGAGUACGCAGCCGUCAACUACCUGACGACGGUGCAGGAGCGGAAGGAACGGAAGCUUCGGGAGAAGUUCCCGUGCAUGUGUGGAAUGCUUCACUCAAGAACCAUGAUGCUGGAUGGAAGCUACAGUGAGUCUGAGGCCAACAGCCUGGCUGGGUACCCGAGAAGCCAUACUCUGACAGAAGAAGACCGGCAAGACAAAAUAGUGGUUCACCUGGCUCUGAGCAAUGAACCCAACACCUCCAGGAAGAAAGGGCUUCUGAAGGGCCAAAUGGGUCUGCGCAUCUUCCAGAACACCCAUGCCAUUGACAAAUACUCCAGAUUGAUAUUUCCUGCCUCCUAUAUAUUUUUCAACCUAAUUUAUUGGUCAGUGUUUUCCUAGGGGCUUCAAGGCUGUGCCUGAGAAAGGGCCUAGACUUCUAUGGGAGCCGGGCCGGCCGUAGGCACGUAGACCUGCUGACCCCGCUCCCCUCACUGAACAGAGCAGCAGCCCUUGGACCCUGGAGAGCAGCGCCCCCUCCUGGAAGAGCCCAGGAGCCCUCCAGCUGCCCUUGCCCUGACCUCACCGGUUUGCCCCUCAUUCAUGCAGUGCUGUGUCUUACUUCAUGUCUCUCUGAGGCUUUCUUCUUCUGUUCUUGUGUCUGAACAGGUUCACAAGAUCCUCCCACCCCGUAAAAAAAGAUUCAAAUGCCUUCCAGAUGUUUGAGAUCCUUAUGAAGCCUAGGAUUUCAGUUGUGAAAAGGAAAGGAAAAUGAACGGCAAGCUUAGGGGCACUCUGGAUAGGAGAUGGGAAAUUAGAAUUCAAAAUAAAAAUAAAACACCUGUAAACUCAUACAACUGGAUUAAGUGCCUAAGAAGGCAAAAAAGCUCAGAUGCUAGACAGGAAAUGAUUUGCCUUGUGUGAGUCUGGCAACUUGCAUGCUUUUGCAAUGUUAGGGGACAGUAUUCAUUCAACUAUCCAUUCAACCAUUCGUUAAAUAUCCACCCUGUGCCAAGUGCUAUGGAAAUAAACAAACAGAAGUCUCUUUUCUCAGAGAACUCCUCUAAGCCCGUGCCCAUUCUACAUGUGGCAGAAAGUGCUUCUGCUCUUUUCUCUCCCUCGACCCCUACUAACCCCUCAAACCCAGUCUGUUUGCUGGCUCUUUUACUCCUAGCCAGAAAAGCACAUUCUGUCUCCUAUGAGGCCCUCAGAAAGCCAGCUCAGUUCUUUUCUCCUGGAAUCUCCAUGCCGGACCAGCCUAGUGCUGGGGAGAGGGACGGGGCCUGGACAAUUAGUGUUGCAGAACUUGAUCUGGGGGCGGAAGGACGCAUGGGUCUCCUGCGGAAAUUUGUUUCACAUGUUUUCCUACCUCUGUCUUUGGGCUUCUCCCCCAGCAGCCAUGUGUCCUCAAUAUCCCUGUUUCCAAGCCCUGCCUCCACCCCAGGGACUCCACUUACGCCCACCAGAAGUGCCCUGUACCCUAGAAUGAUUUCUCCCUUAUUUCCACAAGCUAGUGAC